UUAAUACAAAUCAUAUAAAUGAAAUUCUAGAUCUUUUUAGAAUCAAAAAUUUUUAUAUUCUUUAAAUUAAAAGAAUUUGAGUAAAUAUAUAAACAUAACAAAAAAAAUUAAAUUCACAAUAUUAAUAAUAAAAAAAUUAAAAAUUGUAAAAAUAAACUAUUAUAUUAAUAAUAAAAUAUAUAUUAGUUGAAUAUUAGAUAAUUUUCAACUUAAAAAUUAUGUAUACAUCAUCAUUAAAGAAAACAGCAUCUAGAAUGGCAGAUACAAUGCCAACAAAAGAGAUAACAAGACAUAUAAGCUUCUUAAGAAGCCGUAUGGACAUAGGUGCUGAUAUAGAUUGGUUACGAGGAAAAAUUUUUUUAAAGCCAGAAGAUCAAUUACAAUUAACUGAUGUAGAAUUACAAGAAGAAUUUGCUAGAGUUUUAACUAUACAUAACACAAGAAUUCCAGAUUCUUUAGUGGAGUGGUCAUGGAAAUUAAAAACAUUCAUAAUGUUACCUCCUCCACCACAUUUAGUAACAUUUUUAAGUAUACCUGGAUUAAUAUUGCACAAAGAUUCUGAGGAAGCCAAAAUGCAAUUAGUAGGAGAACUUGUUGUGGAAACACCUUUAGAAGAACCUAUUUUGUUAGAAGAAGAAGAAGAGGAAAUUGAAGAAGAAGAAGAAGUAGUGAUGGUAGAGGAAAUAAAAAAGCCAGAAGAGCCAAAAGAACAUGAACAUGAGCAUGAGCAUGAACAUGAACAUGAAGAGGAGGAAGAAAUUGAAAGAGUAAAACCAAAAAAAAUACCAAAUCAAUUUAAUUUCUGUGAAAGGGCUGCUUUAACUUAUACUAAUCCUAUGCGAGAAACAAGUACUCAAACAAUACCACCUCCAACCGAAUUAUUUAAUACUCAUGUUUUUCAAUGGACAAUAUUUGAUGAGUACCAGGAAGAUUUUGCUCAACAACAACGUGAAAAAGAAAAAGAAAGAAGAGUUCCACUUCCAUUGAAAAAAGAGGAUAUAAAGAAAAAAGCUCAGACAGAAUCUGAUGCAAUAUCAUAUAGAAUGAUACAAGCUGCAAAAACAUUAGAACGAAUGGUGAAUCAAAAUAUUUUUGAUGAAAUAGCUCAAGACUAUAGAUAUUGGGAUGAUCCAAGUGAUGAAUUUAAAACUGAAGGUUCAUUAUUACCCUUAUGGAAAUUUCGUUAUGAAAAAACUAACAAACAUGAUGUUACAUAUUUAUGCUUCAAUAAUAGAUAUUAUGAUUUAUUUGCAGUUUCAUAUGGAGCAAUGUCAUUUAGUAGUUUGAUAACAAAUGGAAAAGUAUGUUUAUUUACUUUAAAAAAUCCAUCAUAUCCAGAAUGGAUUUGUUCAACUGACUCACCAGUAAUGUGUUUGGAUUUUAGUGAACAACAUCCACAUCUUUUAGUUAUUGGUACUAUGGAUGGUUCUGUUGCUGUUUAUAAUAUAAUGUUGCCACCUUCAACUCCUCAAUAUAGAAGCAAUGAUGUUAUUCAAAAACAUGGAGGUAUUGUGUGGGAGGUACAUUGGGCACCAGAUACAGAAGAAGGUAAAUUAGCAUUCUACAGUGUUAGCAUUGAUGGGAAAAUAAACUACUGGAUAUUAAAUCAAAAUGAUCUUGGUUUGACAACUGUAAUGACUCUUUUUCUGGAUAGACCACCAAUACCUGGACCAGAUGGAACUAUGAUUACACUAAAAGGUUGUGGAACAUGUUUUGCAUUUCAUCCUACGAAUCAAAAUAUAUUCUUAGUUGGAACAGAAGAAGGAACAAUUUAUAAAUGUAAUACAGCAUAUAGUAGUGUUUAUAUGAGUACUUAUAACGAAGCACAUAACAUGCCAAUCUAUCAAAUAGUUUACAAUAAAUUCAAUUCUAGUAUAUUUGCAAGUUGUUCUGGUGAUUGGAGAAUAAAAAUAUGGGAAGAUGACAGAAUGGAACCUCUUUUUAUGUUUGAUCUUAAUGUUCCAAUUGGAGAUGUUCAAUGGGCACCAUAUAGUUCAACAGUAUUAGCUUGUGUUUCAAAUGAUGGAAAAGUUACAGUUUUUGAUUUGAAUGUUAAUAAAUACAGACCAAUAUGCAGUCAACCAGUUGUUAAUAGAAAGAAAUAUAAAUUAACUAAACUUGCGUUUAAUAAUAAAUUACCAUUCAUUAUAGUAGGUGAUGAUAGAGGUACAAUAAAUACAUUAAAACUAUCACCAAAUCUCAGAUUGAAAGUAAAACCAACCAAGAAACAACUUCAUUUAACUCAUAGAGAAUUAGAAAUUUUAAAAUUAGAAAGAUUAUUAAGUUUUGUACGUGAACCACUUGUUUUGCCACAACCAAAAGAUACAAGAGUAAUACAUUAAUUAAGUCAUAUUUUUAAUCAUAAAUAUAUUUUAUGUAUGUAUGUAUUUUUUUAAAUAAAAUAUAUUUAAAUAUAUUAUAGAUAUCAUUUUUUAUCAUUAUUAUUACAUUAUAUUAUAAAAAGACUUUUUAUAUUUUUGUAAACAUCAACACUUUAUUAACAUUUUCUAUAACAAAAAAUAACUAUCAUACAUAUCUAUCAUUAAUAUCUUUAUAAACAAAUUGGCACUAAAUUUAGAAUAAUUUAUAAAAUUAAACUUAUCAUCUAUUGCUGUAACAUGUCUUCUAAACUAGAAGCAAUUAUUAACGAUUAUGAAACUACUAUAAUAUAUUUCUUUAUAAAUAGAAUUAUGAAAAUUUUUGCAAUUCCAUACAUAUAACAAUGCCACAUACUUUCAUAUAAUUUAAAUCUACUUUUAAAUACUUCUAAAGAAUAAGUUUGUAAUUUUAGAAAUACAUUUAAUUUAUAUAUAUACAAAAUUUAAUAAAUUUAUUAUUAAAUAUAUAUUUAAUAAAUUUAAUAUAUAUUUAAAAAAAUAAUAAUUAAAAAAAAAUAUAUUUAUAAAUAUUGCAUUAUAUAUUUAAAAUCA